AUGCACAGUGUCCAGCGGCAUUUUGGCAAGUACAUGAAAAGGUCGGCCGAUGAACAACAAGUCUCGGUGUUGCUCAAGGACUUUGAAGAGGCCGAUAAGUUGUUGACAAAAAUUAUCGAGGCCUCCAAAGCAUGGCGAGAGUCCUGGAUUUCCAUCCUCACCCACCAACAUCGUGUAUUCGACGAGUUCAGCCUCCUGUACGGUCCGAUUGUGGGGGCCAGCGACGAUUACCACGGCCAUGUCCCCGUCCAGACCCCCGACCACAUUGUCCGCAGGACCGCGAGGAUUAAGAGCGAGUACGAGGACUUGAAGAGAGAUCUCACCGAGGACCUGGCUCAGGUUGAGGAGAGGCUCAUCCGGCCGGCGCAAAAUGCAAAGGACAGCCUGCACACCAUGAAGAAGACCAUCAAAAAGCGCGAGGACCGGAAACUCGACUUUGAAAGAUACCAAAGCAGGGUCGACUCCCACCUGAAAAAGACAAAACGGUCGGAACGAGACACUGCGGCCCUCGUCAAAGCCCAAUCCGAGCUGGAAGCGGCUACCGAAGCAUACCACGCCGCCGAUGAUAACUUGAGAGGUUGUCUUCCUCGCCUCUUGACGUCGGUGUUUUCGCUGCUCCCCCACUUUCUGGCUGCUCAAAUCCAGAUCCAGAACAACCUGCUAGGACAUUAUUACACCCUACUGCACACUUACUGCACAGAGGAAGGUUUCCCUUCUCCAGCUCCGCCGAUGGAUGAAGUAAUCCGACUGUGGAACGACUCAUUCAAACCCGUGCAACGCGAGGCUGAGUCAUUGGCGAUCUUGGCCAAUGGAAAGGCAGCAAGGACGUCCAUGGAGAAUGGUAAUCACUCGGUCAAUGGCUACCGCCGCCCAAGUGCCUCAGCCUUCAGUGCACACCGCCAGCAGUCGGUCUCCCCGGCCAGGGCUCUUCCACCUUCCCCAACUUUUGAGCCAAAGUCCAAGUUGUCAUCCUCGCCCGCCGCGUCGUCUAUGCUUGGAGCAACCACCCCACAGGAAUUUAUCGCCAGCCCGUCGCCCUCACAGUCAGUCUAUCAGACGCCGAUGGCGUACUCGCCAGCAGGGCCGAACACAGACUAUUUCUCUCGUGAUCGACAGCCCUCUGGUGUAUCGGCCGUCUCUGCUGCCACGGCGGCAUCCAUUGCACAAAAGAAGCGACCUCCACCUCCUCCACCGCCGAGGUUACCCUCCCAGCAAACCAUUUUUGUAACAGCACUGUACGAUUUUGACGGCCAAAGUGAGGGGGAUCUUGCAUUCCGAGAAGGUGAUCGGAUUCGAGUCAUCAAGAAAACUGAGAGUACCGACGACUGGUGGCAGGGGGAGCUCAGGGGAAUGAAGGGACCAUUUCCCGCAAAUUACUGCCAAUGA